AUGGCUGGAAAGCAGCAUCAACCGCACUGGUUACACCGCUAUGGCAACAAUGAGGGCUACCAAUGGCGCGAGACUCAGUCACCGAGUGGCAAAGUCUUCUCGAGACCACUGGGGCCGGUGGAAUUUUCCUUCGACGCAGACGGACGAUACUAUGAAGGCAAGGCCGACAUGAACUGUCUCCUGGAAGUCCAAAUAACCUCAAAACUUUCCAGGGUGGAUCUUCGAGAAAGACUCUUACUGGCGUGGACGAGAAUGCGAUGUCGGCAUUUGCUACUGCAAGCGAGGACUUGCCGCGAGAACGACGACGACCCAGCUUCAACAGCCAUACUAGGCAUGCAUUUUCAGGUCAAGAUUCCGAGGAAUGUAGGACACGCGAUUGAAGAUGCUGGCUGGCAUCUAAUCUUUCUCGAGGACUAUUACGAUGAAGUGGACACGAAAGAUUUCUAUGCUCAUUGCAAGAAUGUUGGGCGUAUUGUUGACCCUGAACAGAGCCUUUCAAAGCUGUUUGUGCUGCCAGUGAAGGGGGUUAAUGGCCGUACUGUCCUGCGACUGCAGUUCGUAAUGGCCCAUCAGAUUUCAGAUGGUCUAUGCUCGUACGCCUGGAUGAAUGACUUCAUCAAUAUCCUGAAUGAGUCGCCGGAUGCUAUGCGUCAAGGCAUUGCCACCUCCAUCAGACCGGAAUCCAUGGCGCAGCAUCUUCCGCUCCCUCAGGAGGCUCUAUAUCCCAAGAUCACAGGCAGCAUCGCGCGACAAAGAUGGUUCUGGGCCAUUACGAGGAUGCUUCGCCACGUACGAAAGCCUCUCCCCGUAGGCUUCAGCAAUCCUUUACAACGCCAGCAGGUCGCAGAAAGCGCCGUGCCUUUGUCGCCAGUAUACAAGCGCGUGCUGGACUACACAAAAACACCUGUCUUGAACACCUUCCCAUCCUACAUCCACAUCUCCGCCACGAGCACGGCCCGCCUCAGUCGAAUAUGCAAAAGCGUGAAAACCAGCCUAGGAGCCGGCAUAUACGCCCUCGCCGCCCUCAUCAUGAUGGAGUUCCACGAGCGACGGUACCCAGACGUCCCAGCCAACGGCCGGGACUGCUUCAUCACCGGUUUCCCUCUAAAUCCUCGCGCAUUCUUCAACUUCCACAACGAGCCUGACUCCAUGAUGCUCGCCUUCUCCGACGGGAUCGCGCUGCCGUUCCUAUCAUCGGACUUGGAUCUCGAAGGAAGACUCCGAUUACUAGCGCGCCAGGCUCAGCGGCAAUUAGCCACGUAUCAGAAGCGAGCCAGACCUACUGGGGACGAUGCCACGAAGCAGUUUCUAAGCAGUCGCGGAGCUGGUCUCGUGCUGGCGAAUCAAUACCUCUUCAGCUUGGAGCGAGCAGAAGUACAGACACCUGCGCAUCUACGAUCGGGUCUCGAUGUACAGGGGCAGUAUCCUGCACGACAGAACCCCACGAUGCAGACGUGUGGCGUGAGCUCGGUGGGGAAUCGCGAAGCGUUAGUAAAGGGAGGCCUCUAUGAUCUGGAUGAUCCGAGCAAAGACUUCGCGGCGGACUUCACUGAUAUGACAUCGAGUGUGCGUGCAAGGGAGGGUGAGUUCUUGGUCGGUAUUGGUGGCACUAAGGAUGGGCUGUUCUGUGUGCCGUCUGUGGAUUCUACGAGACUGGACCCGGCGCUGGUGCAGGCUUGGUGUAAACGUUUUGAGACGGCGUUGGAUGAGGAGAGUACGGCGAGGCUUUAG